AUGUAUCGACUGCUGGUUUUAAAUGUGUCUUACAUGAGUCUGCGCUAUGGGCUGGGGCUCCUGAUGUUAGUAACCCGUGGUAGAGUCAAACUGGCACUUCACAUCAUAGGACAAUUUGCAAAAAGGAAGAAGACUUCUCUUUGGUUCACAGUCUCUCUGCUGGUAGUGUCUGUUUUCAUACUGACCAUAGGUCUGGCAGCUACCACAAGAACAGAGAAUGUUACCGUGGGAGGCUACUACCCAGGCAUCGUUCUUGGCUUUGGAUCUUUCCUAGGGAUUGUUGGCAUCCACCUGGUAGAGAACAGAAGACAAAUGUUAGUAGCCUCCAUCGUGUUUAUCAGCUUUGGCGUGGUAGCUGCGUUCUGUUGUGCAAUAGUUGAUGGAGUGUUUGCAGCACGACACAUAGAACCCAGACCUUUGCAUAACAAAAGGUGCCAGUUUUAUUCAAGUGGCAUAGGAUUCCUGUAUGAUGCCUACCAGACAGAGGUGACUUGUUAUACCUUAAACAGCAAGUGCCAGCUGAAAGUAAAGAGUAACACGUGUUAUUGCUGCGACCUGUACAACUGUGAGAAUUCAGAGCAGUCCUCCAGCUACUAUGAAUUUCUCGGCGUGAGCAGCUGUCAGGACGUGGUUCACCUGUAUAAGCUGCUGUGGUCCUCCACAGUCCUCAACAUCAUUGGGUUGUUUCUGGGGAUUAUUACGGCAGCCAUUCUCGGGGCAUUUAAAGACAUGGUACCUCUGUCCCAAAUUGCUUUCAGUGCUGCACCUCCUCCUCAGAUCCUGUACAAUCCUGCCCAGCAGAUCCUGACAUACACUGGGUUCUGUCCCUCUGCAGCAACUAUUUCUACAUAUCCAUCCUACCCGUUACCUCUUCAGCCUGCCAGCAAUUUUCCAGGAACAUCAUCUGACAUCUCUUUAUCAGAAGAAACUCAACCUCCAUCUCAGUCCAGCUCCAGCUAUGGUCUUCCCCCCAAUGCUCCAGCCCUCUAUACACCGACUUACUUCGUGCCUGGAGAAAAGCCUCCACCAUAUGCACCAUAG